AUGGCCAAAUUAACCCCCCUUCGCCGUCUUCCACUUCCAACGAGCCCAUCUCUCCGCACACCCCACCACCGAUCAUCCUCCACGAAAACAAAACCACAAAGCCGCCUCCCAGCUGCCUACUACCGUGGCGGUACGUCCCGCGCUGUGAUCUUCGAUGCCAAAGACCUGCCGCAAGAUCGUUCCCAAUGGCCUGACAUCUUCCGAGGGGUCAUAGGUAGUCCCGAUCGCUAUGGUAGACAAUUGGACGGGUUGGGAGGUGGCAUAUCUUCGUUGUCUAAAGUCUGUGUUGUUGGGUCUGCGCAACCUGGCGAUCGCAAGAUAAUUGAUGAAGAUGGGAAACAAAAGGAAACGGCAGAGGCAGAUGUUGAUUACACGUUUGCGGCUAUAGGGGUGGUGGAUGGUGAUGUAGAUUUUUCGAGCAAUUGCGGGAAUAUGAGCGCGGCUAUUGGUCCUUAUGCUUAUGAUCACGGUCUUGUUCCCCAUAUUGGAAACGGUCAUGGAGAAGCGACGGUGAGGAUACGAAAUACGAAUUCUGGAAAGGUCAUUCAUUCUAAAUUUCCGGUGGUUGAUGGUGAAGCAGCUUCUUCAGGAUCGUUUUCCAUCGAUGGAGUCGAAGGGCAAGGCGCGAGGGUUAGGUUGGAUUUUUUGGAUCCUGCUGGAAGUAAGACCGGAAAGCUUUUACCUACGGGUAACGUGGUUGAUAUAUUUAACGGCACCGAGGUGACUUGUAUUGAUGUUGGCAAUCCAUGCGUCUUCCUCAAAGCUGAAUCUUUCGGCGUAAAGGGAAUUAUACUUCCAGAUGAUAUUGAUUCUCACCCCACACUUAAAGAAAAACUCGAAAGCAUUAGAAGGCAAGCUUCUGCCGCCAUGGGACUAAGUAAAGACCCCGCUUCAACCCCAGGCUCGAUACCGAAAAUUGCUAUGGUAUCGAAGCCAAGCACACAUGUUCUUCUAUCUGGUAGCCAAAGUGACGAGAAAGAUGUAGAUCUUAUCGUUAGGGCUAUGUCAGUAGGCCAACCGCAUAGAGCUGUUCCAAUUACCGUUGCUCUUGCUCUUGCAGCGGCAGCAAAUGUCACAGGCUCGACUGUACACGAUGUUGCCAGCCGUCAAAGGAUUGAUACAGAAGGUAUUACUGUUGGCCAUCCAACGGGGAAGAUUGUUGUUGGUGCCGAAUUUGAUGUAGCAGCUGGGUUGAAACAUGCUACUGUCUAUCGAACAGCGCGGAGAAUUAUGGAGGGAUUCGUUUAUUGGAAGUAA